GGCGCUUCUCGCGCGCAUGCCCAGGAGUGCCGCGCGACCUUCCCCUUCGUCGCUCGCUCCGAGGCGGGCAGCGCGUGCGGUGCCCCAGCGUGGAGUGAGUGGUUAGGGCGGCGCGCGCGGCAGCCGGAGCCCCUGUGGUUGCCAUGCCGACUCCCCGCCGCUGCUGCCAGCCUCGCGGGGCCCCCGCCUGAGCCAAGCAGCAGCACUCGCAGGAAGAAGAAGAAGAAGAAGGAGGCAACAAAGGGAAGAAGAAGGAGAGCAAGCAGGGAAGGAGAGCGGAGCAGCAGCAGCAGCAGAGGACUAUUGUUGGCGGCGCUGGACGGCGGAGGAUGGAAGAUGGAAGGAAGCGAUGGAGGGGGAGAAGAAUUUGUUUGGGUUAAUGGUGCCUCAGUUCAUUCUCAAAGUGUUGCCAAGGCCAAAUAUGAAUUUUUAUUUGGUGGACCAGAAAACGAAAAUACUUCAGAAUCUGGUGGCCAUGGAAGCAGUACUCUUAUUCCGCACAACAUUACAAAUGAAUUCCCAGAGUAUGGGACUGUGGAAGAAGGAGUCAAGACAUUGGAAGUGACAUCUGAGUGUCUUGGAGAAACUAUAAUAUGUACUUCCGAUGGACAACCAAGUGACCCACAAUUUUGUGGGACUUGUGAGAAUGGUAGCCCUGGAGAUGGGAAAGAAUCGUCAUGUGAAGGGUUCCAAACACCCCUCCAAGAGGAAGAACUGGCUCUCAAAGUAAAUAAACUGAGUGAGAUGACAAAAAAAUCUGAAAAUUUAGAAUGUGAAAAUGCUUGGGAUGGAGAGGAAAAUGCCUUCUGUUCUGAGUUGCAAAUGGAAAAAGAGAGGAGGACUGGCAGAGUGGUUGAAGAGGCAGCCAGAGAGGAAGUUCUUGCAGGCCAAGAGGAAUCUACAGCAAUGCCACCUCCAUCUGAAAUAGCUGCAGAGAGAAAAUUGUAUUGGGUUACAGAAGAAGACUCUAUGGUCUUGACUGUAGAAAUACAGCCCGAAACCUCAAAAACAGUGGAUAAUAGGACUGAGGAGCCCCACAAAGUGUUUGAAAAAGGUAGACCUAUAUCUUUGGCAGGUCCAGAGAGCAAGUGUGGUGAAGCUGCCAGUGCCCUUGGGGGUGCCUGGGCAGACUUUGAGCAGCAGUUUUCUGUGUUUGAUCCAGAAACAGUAGAAAGAGCAUCUGAGAGGAGGAUAUCGAAAGAGGCAGCUGUGAGCAAGCAUGUGGAAUUUCAAGGGGUUGAAAUCCUUUGGAUACAAAAAGCAGAGGAGCAGAAGGCUACAGAACACCCUGAGGCUGGUAGUCUAGAAAGGAGAACAUUUGCUGCUAUACCAAACUGCCACACUCCAUCGCCAGACCCAGCAGAAGCAGGUGGCUUGCUUGAGCGUUCUUGGAAUGUAUCCUGGGAAAACCUCAAGCCCUUACCUUCUAUGACUGAAGGUGGAGAGGAUGAAGUCUUUGUAACAGAAGCCAAGAAGAACUGGGUUCAAGAGCCGGACAGGCUGAUGGAGGAGGAAGAAGUGGUCAGUGGGAAAAUGGAAGAUGUCCUUGGGCAACCGCACUCCGAAGUCUCAACAGAUGUGUACAGCUCCCAGUUUGAAAGCAUUCUAGACAAUGCCUCUUUAUACUACAGCGCUGAGUCGCUGGAAACGUUAUAUUCUGAGCCUGAUAGCUACUUCAGCUUUGAAAUGCCACUCACUCCAAUGAUCCAGCAGCGUAUCAAGGAAGACGCCCAAUUUUUAGAAAGGACUCCCGACAGUGAACUCAGGAAGGAGCAUUGUGGUGGAGUUGCCAAUGGACUGGGAGAUGUGAAGGAGUCAGACAUCACAGAAGACUGUCAUUUGGAAAGCAAUGCAAGACCGGAAUGUCCAGCACCACUAGAUGCCAUAGGGGACAUGGGAACCAAUGACUUUUUGGAAAAUGAGGGGCAUGAAAACUUGACUCAUGAUCUCAACAAUGGCACCACAAGUGGCAAUCUGGAAGCAGCCAGGAGGUUGGCAAAACGACUCUAUCAUCUGGAUAGAUUCAGACGCUCUGAUGUAGCAAGGCAUUUGGGGAAAAACAAUGAGUUCAGCAAACUUGUAGCUGAGGAAUACCUCAAGUUUUUUGAUUUCACUGGCCUUUCCUUGGAUCACUCCCUCAGGACAUUCUUCAAAGCCUUUUCCCUCAUUGGAGAAACUCAGGAAAGAGAGAGAGUGCUAGUUCAUUUUUCCAACAGAUACCAUCAUUGCAACCCAAAUGCCAUUUCCACACAAGAUGGUGUCCAUUGCCUCACGUGUGCAAUUAUGCUGCUCAACACUGACCUCCAUGGCCAUAACAUUGGCAAGAAGAUGUCUUGUCAAGAAUUCAUUGCCAAUCUUCAGGGAAUGAAUGAAGGCAAAGAUUUCCCAAGGGAACUCUUGAAGGCUCUCUACAAUUCAAUCAAAAACGAGAAGCUUGAGUGGGCAGCGGAUGAUGAAGAGAAGAAGAAAUCUCCCUCAGAUGGUACCGAUGAGAAGGAUAAUGGAACCCAUUCAAAGACAGCCAAUCGCAUUGGCAAUUCCAGUAAUCCCUUCCUAGACAUCCCUCACGAUCCCAAUGCUGCUGUGUACAAAACUGGAUUUCUGGCACGUAAAAUCCAUGCUGAUAUGGAUGGAAAGAAAACUCCACGAGGGAAGAGAGGCUGGAAAACCUUUUAUGCUGUUCUUAAAGGCACUGUACUUUAUUUACAAAAGGAUGAAUACAAGCCAGACAAGGCAUUGUCAGAGGAAGAUCUUAAAAAUGCAGUCAGUGUGCAUCAUUCAUUGGCAUCGAAGGCAACAGACUAUGAGAAGAAGCCAAAUGUCCUCAAGCUCAAGACUGCCGACUGGAGAGUGCUGCUUUUCCAAGCUCAGAGCCCAGAAGAAAUGGAGAUCUGGAUCAAUAAGAUCAAUUCUGUGGCAGCUGUUUUCUCUGCCCCACCAUUUCCAGCUGCUAUUGGAUCCCAGAAGAAAUUCAGCCGGCCUCUGUUACCUGCUUCUACAACCAAAUUGUCUCAGGAUGAUCAGCUGAAAUCCCAUGAAAGCAAGCUGAAGCAAAUCACCACUGAAUUAGCUGAGCAUCGUUCCUAUCCACCGGAUAAGAAACUGAAGGGCAAGGAAGUUGAAGACUACAAACUCAAAGAUCAUUAUCUGGAAUUUGAGAAAACGCGUUAUGAAAUAUACGUGUCUCUUCUCAAAGAGGGAGCAGGAAAAGAGUUGCUGAGCACGAGUGAGAAUGAUGGCCCCGGACUGAAGAAAUGCCACUCAAGCCCUUCAUUAAACCAGGAGUCUCCUGUUAGUGCCAAGGUGAAGCGUAACAUCUCGGAGAGGAAGGACUAUAGACCUGAAACACCCAGCCUCAAGCAGAAGGUUACUUAGGGCAACUGAGGCUGCCUGGCGGAAUCACAUAUCACUCUCCCUCUCUCUUUCUCUCUUUGAUAACCUGUCCUUUGCAAAAACAAAACAAACAAAAUUAACACAUCUGCCUGAAUGGGGUGUUAGUGACAUUUUCAGUUGUAAAUUUUGUUGUUUCUGUACAGGUCGUUGGAGAUGUUUUGGCUUCUGACUUGCAUUUGCCUAGUUAAUUUAUCAUAGAGCAACUGAUCCAAUCUUUUCUUUUUUGUAAAUAAAAAAGAAAAGUGGGACAGGGAACAAGGAACAGGAAGGGAGAGGUUCCAUGAUACAUGUAUCUCCCUUGUCUUUUUAACUUCUCUCAUUGGCUUGUAAUUUUCAUCUCUCAAGUCACCUGCUGCUUCUCAGUAGCAGUGAACAUAACUGGACAAAUGGAAAGCUUAGUGGUGUGUUUAGCCUUGUGAAGGGAGUCACCUUUGCCACGGUGGCAUGGACUCCCUCGAAAAGAAACAAGGUGAAGGUGCUGCUGUGCUGUGGACUCUCUCACGACAUGUGAAGGAGCCCUUCCGGUAGGUAGGCUGCCGAAUGAGCAGUAGAUGUGAUCCAUGAGCCCCGCCUACAAGGGGCUGAGAUGUGAUAGUUAGCCUUCAAGAACAAAACAAAUGGAGGAACAAAGUUUUGUAUUUUGGAUGUUGAAAGGGAGCCAGGUCUUUGGUGGUCAGAAAUAAUUCCAGCCAAAACUGCUGUUAUUUCAUUGGCUGGGAGGUCUCUUCCAUUGACCCCUCUCUCUCUGUUUUUUUUUCUUUCUUUCAGCAAGUCACACUUGCUCUUACGGUUCUCAACAGUAUAUACUUAUACAUUUGCUGUACAGAUACCUGGUAAUUUGUAUUUAUUUCCCAUUGUCAUUUUGAUCCUCUUCUAGAAGUUCAAGUAUGUUCAGGCACUUUAUAAUUGAAUUCAUUGCCGCUGGAUAUUUUCUUAAUGUUUGAAAACAUGAAGAGACAUCUUGUUACAGGGUUUGCCUUUAUAACUCAGAGUCAAAGAGGCCCAGAAAUGUCUUCUGUAUCUUUCUUCGUAGAACAAAACCCUGAUUCCAUUCCAGCCACCGGGUUCCCCCAUCUAUAAAAAAAUACCCACAAUGGAUGUAACCUCCUCUUCUUCUAUAUCUGCCUCAGUCUACUUCAUAUCAGUUCAAAGGAAACAUGAGCCAGGGAUAAGGAGAACAUAAGUAUAUUUUUCACUGUUCCUGAAAUGUCCUUAUUUCCUUUGGACAUAGCAGCAUUACAUUUAAAGUGUGUACCCAAAGUUAAGAAAAGCAAAAGAAUCACAAGACACCCCAGGCAAACCAAAGGAAAAGAAAACAUGAGGUCCAUAUUGGGAAUUAACCCCAAAGAAUCAAAUCCCAAAGAAAUCAGAAUGGUUGUGAAUAACGGAGCUAACACCACUGAGCUCCAGAAUGGACAGCUUGGCCAUAAGAACUUGCAUACCAUUGAUUUAACAGCGUGGCUCCAUUUGUUUCUCAGUGUACGGUGUUUCUCAAGGAAGGAUUGGAUAAAAAGUGAACAUCCAUGCUACUUAGGAACAGCUUGUCUUAGAAAUUGAAAAGACUGGAGGAAUGACACACUUCAGAGAAAUUUAUUCACCUUCAAUUCCAAGUACUAAAUUGAAGGCUACCUUGAGUUUUGCCACUGUAAUUGUGCAGCAGAGAUGGUGCUUCAUCUCUGCAGGGAAACCCUUUCUGCUUGGCAUUGGCAGAAUGGCAAACUAGCUAAGAUUGAUGUUAGAGGUACACAGUGCAACGGUGGGGAGUCUUUGGUGCUUUAGGCAUUUUGGAGUACAACUCUCACAAUGCCUUACCAUUGGCCAUGUUAACUGGGUCUCUUGGCCAUUGUAGGCCAAAAGAUCUGGAUGACUAAAGGUUUCCCACGCCUGGCAAAAAGGCUUUAUUGAAAAAGGAAUCCUUUGUGGCCUCCACCUUCUAAGGGUCUCUCAAUGUCAUAGUGUUCACUAAGCGUAGGAAAGGAGCCUUUGGGCCAGACAGGUUUAUGGUUACCUUGAGAGUAGUAAUUGGCACCAAGAAGUGUGGGCCUCAUGAGGCAGUGUCGUGUUCAUUCUUUUGUGGUCGUUCAUUUCUCAUCCGAAAAGCCUGCAAACUGUCCAGUUGUUUUGAGAGGAGAGACGGCAGUAAAGUGACAGAAUUCAUUAGUCCUGUCUGGAAAAGAAAAGGUGACCUUGCUCUCAGUGCUGUAUGUGUCUUGUCUCUCGAAAAGCACAGGGGGAAAGUAAAGACACCAUUAAAAAUGGGAGAGAAAACUUCAAUAUUUUUAAAGUCGGGGAUGAAUUGAGGUCAGGAAUUCUAAUAGAUUCAAAUGAAAGAGAAAAAUUACUACAGGCUGAGUGUCCUUAUCUGGAAAUCCGAAACACUCCAAAACUGAAACUUUUUGCUGCCAGCCACCCACUUCUGCCUUUGUAGAAAGGGACCAAUAUGUCCAGCGCCCGCUGGGUUUUUCCUCAAGGAGCCCUGAUGGAGGAAAUAAAAGAAGGGAAAGGGGAGGAUUCUGCUUACUGUAAAAAAGUAGACAUCCCAGAUGCGUCUGUGCUUGGCUCAGCCUGGUCCAUAGUGAUGCACAGCAGGGCAAGUUCCCUGGAAAUGGCCGUGAGCAUGGAGCAACCCCAUUGCCUGCUACUGAUAUCCUGCCCUGGGAGAAUGAGAGAUUCAGCAGUGUGGGGAUAGGAUUUCUCCUCUCUUCCUGAUUAUUGUGCUAAAAGGGCAAAGUUGUGUUGAUGGGCAACCCUUGAGGAAAAACACUUUGGGCACUAGUUCCUUUUGCCCCCUUAACCCUCAUUCACAAUAUCUAUGCAAAUACAGAUAAUCCAAAAUCUGAAAUCUAAAAAACUUCUGGUCCCAAGUAUUUUGGAUAAGGAAGACUCUACCAGUAAUUCCUCUAUGGAACAGAGUGAAGGAACAACAUUGUAUUGAAAUACCCUGUGUUGGUUUCCAUGUGUGAGGAUGGAAUAAGCUGAAAUAUUCAGGAACCUUUUAUAUUGGUGGACUGAUGACUAUUUGCUGAGCAUUAUUGAAUGCUUCAAACUCUUUAAAAUGUUUCUUUUCGACUGACUAUGAUAUAGGUUCUAACAUUGUACUCAUCCAAAUAAGUGCAACAAGAAUGAGUGGGUGAUGGGUAUUUUACUCCUUCCUCCACGUGAAAAUUCAUUGGUACAUUGUGAUCUACUUAAUACUCCUUUAUAGAGCUGAACGAUUGUGGCCACCCACUUCCACCUUUGGAGAAAGGAGGCCAGUCAGUAGCCACAUGUCUAUGACCCACUGAGUUUGGAGAUGGGGGAAAGGAGGAGACUCUACUUACAUGAGGCAGUGGUGGCUGUUCUCUUUUCUUUCAGAUGGGCAUUUGUGAAGAUUUAAAUAGGUAUUCAGCUGUAUGGCCCAAGUUUUUAAUCCUUUAGAAGAGACUUGGCUCUGUGUAUGUGUUUGUAUUAGAGAGCACCACCUCUUUCCUCCUGGUUCUAUUUGUAUUUGUCACACAUGGAUAUUUUUGGGAGCUCAGGAGCAAAGGUGAGCAGAGCUCUUGUGCCCUCUAUAACUACAUUCUGAGGCUGAGGGCACUUCUCAUAGACAGACUACAGUAUUUCUAGGUCAUGUUUAAGAGAUUGUGGGGGGCUAGCAACUCCUUAGUUUCUUUGCUAUGCAGCUGCACUUUGUAGCAACGCCUUCCAAGGCAGGGUUUUGAGAGGAGGGAAAGCCUUUUGUUUCUAGAUGGUUGUUUUCUGCCUACCUGGCCCUUUUCAGUGAUAACCGCUACCAGGUUCUGUGACAUGCCCAUAAAAAUUCAUGUCAAUUUUAAAAGCUGCCUGGUAAUGGAGCACAUGUGUCUGGGCAUGAGAUCAUACAAUACCCAAAGAGAGAGUAUUCAAGUCUGGAAGAGCUUCUUGUCUUUCUGCCUGUUUGCCUUCCUGUCUCAAAACAAACCCUCUUUUGAACUCCCAUUUUCUUUUCCCUUUGAGUAAAACUACUGGUAGGUUCAUCAUCUGAAUUUGGCCAUCUCUGUUUUAGAAAAUCAGCUUACGGAGUGAAGAGGGCCAAUGUCAGAAAUGGGGUGAUACUGGGAGGACAGAGAAAAGAAAUGGAGCAGGAAAUCUGUAUCCCCAGAGAAAUACUCUUUUGACCAUGGACAAAAUGUCUAAGGCUCUUGCUGUCAGAGGCAGAUCUCUGGCUUGUAUUUUCAAUGUCUCCUGUUCUGGUUCAUUUUGUAUUCCCUCCCUUCCUGCUCUGCUAGGUGUAAAGCUCAGGAAAGACCCCAAGAUGUAAACUUAGCCACUGUGCUUAAUGUUUCACUGCGGUUCUCUAAAGCGGCUGGAAACCAGCUGGAAACCUUCUGUUUUAUUUCUGCAUCAUUUCACGGUACUUCAGAACUUUAGGGGGAAAUGGCCCCAAGAUGGCUAUUUAAGUUGCACAAUUAAAAGCUGGAAUGUGCGUUGUGUGUACUCGUUCCCAGCGUGUACCCAUAAUAAGCCCCGAAGCCUUGGUGUGAACAGCAGUGCCACAUAUAAUUGAGCUGCUGCAUUUGGUGUGCCUGUUCUUGUCUAUUUAUUUUCAGAAGCAUCAGGGAGCUGUAAUUAUUGAUUAGUGAUGACAUGCUCAUUGUGAAGAUGUGCAGCUGAGAGUGGGUGGGUGGGAACGGUGCUUGGAAAUCGCCAAGGCCACCUGCGGAGUGCAGUGCACUUUAUAGGCAGGAUCCCUGUUAGGGAAGGACUAGCUAGUUCGGCCUUCACAGCAGUAAUCCCCCCACCCCAACACCACUGUUUACUUUUCACUAUAAGGAUAAGUUUACUUCUUCUUUACUCACUUGGGAGAAAUAUUAGGGGCUGCCCUUGAAGACUUGUUUGGGAUGGAGACUUAUACUAUAGAAGGUGACACAGUGGCCUGAAUCCUUUUGUUAGUCCCAAGUCCAGCAAACCCACUGAAUUUGUGAACCUUGCAUAGAUGCCGGCUUACUGAACUCUCCCUAAAACCUCCCUGGCUUACUAAACUCAGUGGGUUGGGUCUAAUAUUUGGGUUUAGGGCAGUGAUUCCAGUUUUUUUUUUUAAAAAAAAAGUUCCCUUACACAGUGCAAACUUUGCAUUCUGCUUUGUGGUCACUUUAGAACAGAGAUUGGAAACAUGUGGCCUUCAGAUGUUGUUGGACUGCAAUUUCCAUCAGCCCUAGCUAAAUUAGCCAAUAGUUAAAGACGGACUUGCAGUGAAUAACAUCUGAAAAGCUACAUGAUUCCAGUCUUUGCUAUAAGAAAUAGAACCCAAAGAUGGAGCUGCAUAAGAACUAAAGAGCCAUAAAUGAUCUUCCAGACAUGAGAAUGUGAAAGAUUAUAUGCUGAGAUAGUUCUUUUGAAUUGGAAAAAAAACUGUAACUGCUCUCAUCGGGUAGGGAAGAUGUGUACGUAUCUCAGCAUGAUUGUGUGUCCUUGCUCAUAAUGUUGACCCAAGUGCCACUGAAUUUGGUGAUAUAUAAUGUGCAUUCUUGUAUUGAACUAUCAGUUGUGUGUAGUCCCGUUAGCUACAGCUAAAUUGGAGCUGGUCUUAAGUAAACCCAAGACCCUUUCCUCCUUAUUUAGUAUUUGCCAGUGUUGCUUGAUUUUUGCAAGAGUUAGAGAUUAGCCCACUGAAAAUUUGCAAGGAUUGCUAAGAUUGGAUGACCUUUCUACAUGGCUUUGUCCUUCUCUUUUAUAAUAUUCUGUAAAUUUGGUCUUUGUGUUUCACUUGUAUAUUGAAAAGGUACUCCCAGGUUAUUUCUUUUUUGCACUGGCGCCACGGUACUAUCACUAGUGAAGGAUCUGUGACUUGGUCUGCACAUGCCUUGACAGUCUCACAUGCAGCUAAUAUCUACAAUUACAGACUGUCAAGAUAUGCCUUCAGUCUAAGGCUCUUGAGAAUCAAAGUGACGGGAAAUGCCAGCAGUAAGUUCCAAAUGCCCCGCCUCCCCCAUGACUUCCUCAACUGCAACAUCCUCUCUUUCUUCUGUUCCUCUCACCAAUCCUAAAUUUUGAGCAUCAACAGAUCUUCUCUCACAUUCCAUAACAAGAUACUUCAACAUAGUUUUUAAACCAUUGCUCAUAUCCAUACUUUCUUUACAGGGUAUCCUUACAAAUAUACAUCAUUUUUCUCAAAAACAUAUGUAGGGGAUUGCCAUCAAUAUAUAACCUACCAUAUAAGCUCUAUCCAAGUUAUAAAAUGCCCUAAACAGGCUUAUCAAGAUCCAUUUUCCUGCUCACUUGGAGCAUAUAAAAGUGUUAUAAAGUACACAUCUAAAAGAGCUUUAAAACAUUUUUUAAUUCACACAGACUACUAACAUGAUGCUCCUGAAUUUAGUGGAAGCUCUUCCAACUGAGAGUUACCCUCUGUGAAGGGUGCACAUCUUGAAUUUUCUGCAUCAUCCAUUGAUAAGUUCAAUUAAGCCAGUGAUUCUCAACGUGGGGUCCCCAGAUGUUUUUGGCUUUCAUCUCCCAGAAAUCCUAACAGCUGAUAAACUGGCUGGGAUUUCUGGGAACUGUAGGCAAAAAACAUCUGGGAACCCCAGGUUGAGAACUACUGAGUUAAACUGAUACCUUGGAAAAUGUUUUGCAGUGAAAUGCUGUGUGUUACUCAGAAUAACAUCUCCUUAAAAAGCAAGAGGAGUAGGAAAGAGAACCUUUGAUUUGUUAGAAAAACCAACCAGCCUGGCCAUUGUUCAACGAAACCAGUCUGCAUUCUCCUUUCUGUAAUUGUCAGUGUAAUAGCCUUGGGCUUACUAUGCUUCUGAAGGACGGUCUGUAUGCCAUGUCUGUUUACUCUUAGCCCCCUACAGCCAUAGUGUGCAGUUUCUACUGCUUGGUGCCUUGCCUUGAACCAAAUGUAUGGUCCUUCUAAGGAACAACUCUGGGUGACGAAUUAAAGCCAUUUAAUUUCCAGCCAUUUACUGUUAUCUGCAAAAGAGGCAGUGCAUUCACAUUCUCUAGAAGGGCAACAUGUUGAGGAAUCAACAUUAAACUUUAUAUUUCCACUUGCAAACUACCAUGGGGUUAUUUAGAUGGAUUGGCAGAUAGAGAAACCAAAAUUUCAUGACCUAAAUCCAGUAAUUUGUUCUAACUAAAUUAGGAUCAUUUUUGGUUUACCAAAUUCUUGUUAAUUUAGUGAGUCUUCUCUAGUUGGGAGUCCUAAUUGGAAUUAGGCUGAUAAUCGCAUAUGCUUGUCAAACAUUAUUCUGGAAUUUAGUCAACUACUGUUGCAGGAUUUGGCAACUUUUAUAGAUGUGCAUUUUUCAUUCUUUGCUCACUGAUCCUCUAUUAGAUGGGUGGUGAUAUUGAUCUGUCUCAAAGGGUUGUGAAGAUUUCUGAGAUGAUGCAUUAUUAUUGCAUUUAAACUCUCUGGUUGUGUUCAAAUGACCAGCAUUAUUAUAUCCAAUAUUCUUUGUUUUAUUCUAAAUUUGGGUUAAGUUGGACAAAAUGAAAAUAUGCAGAAAAGAGGAGCAUGAAAAAAGUUAGUAUCCCAUUUGAGACAUUGCCAAGCAAAAUUUGUAAGAUAUUAUGCCAGAGGAUUUAGCCCAGUGGUUCUCAACCUGGGGUCCCCAGAUGUUCUGGCUUUCAACUUUCAGAAAUCCUAACAGCUGGUAAACCGCCUGUGAUUUCUGGGAGUUGUAAGCCAAAACACCUGGGAACCCUUAGGUUGAGAUUUAGCCAGACUAGGUUUUCUAAUUCUUCUGAUGAAAAGAUCUUUUACAAUAAUUUCAAAAUCUGGCCAGUGUCUUUUCCAAAUAAUAAUAUCAUAUUCCUUCUAGAGGAAAAUUGUGGAGACUAGUAUAUUAUGCUGCAUGUACAUUUUGCCUAAAAUGAGUGAAACUGAAUCAUCUGACAAACAGAGCAGUCAACACUCAUUUCAUAUUGGUAACAUGUACUACACAUUUUGAGUGAAUAUCUAUUGCAUGAUAUAUUACUGUUGUGUCAGAAUACAGUAGAGAUUUAUUUUUGUGUGAUUAUAUCACCUCUGAAAUAGCUGUGAAUAAAUAUAAACUAAGCAGGUAGAAUUUUAAAUAGAAUGCAGCCAGAUGUUUUAGCAACUGGGAAGCUAUUCUAUUAAUCUAUUUAGGGCUUACCUAUAGACGUUUUUCAUGCUAUUUGUGGCACUAUGUGGUUAGGUGAAGUAUAAAUUUAACCAAUGAAUGUACAAACUAUUGGUGCACGUUUUGGGAAAUGCUCCCUCCCUAUCAGCUCAACUCUUUGCGAGUGAGGGUAUGCCUUUCCUUUUUUUUCAUGAUUAGAGUUUACCAGGGAUUUGCCCACAUUCAAGAAAGGGUCCAAAAGUCUUUCAGCAACUAGGCUACUACUUGAUUUCUGUAGCCAUAAUGGCCCGAGUUCACUCUCUGGCAUUUCCUGGUGAACUGAUCUCAUAUUGCAGUUCUGAGAGGGAGUUUUUCCUGAGAUCUGAAAGAUCCAUUUUUAGACAACCAGGUGGACUGAUAGUCUGAGUCAAUCAUUGAUAGGCAUUCAGAAAACUAAUCAAAAUAUUUUCUGGGUCAUUUGAAAGAGUGAGUGUUCAUCCUUAAGCAAUUUAGAUAAGCCAAUACAGCAGUAGUUCUCAACCUGUGGGUCCCAAGUGUUUUGGCCUACAACUCCAAGAAAUCCCAGCCAGUUUACCAGCUGUUAGGAUUUCUGGGAGUUGGAGGCCAAAACAUCUGGGGAUCCACAGGUUGAGAACCACUGCAAUACAGCAUUUCCUCUACAACUGUUUUCUUCAGCAUGAUGAUCUCCAGAUUUGUGUUGAACCACAGUCUCCACAAAGGCUAAGCACCAUGGCUUUUGAUCAUGAUGAACAAUGGAAUCUGAAGCAUCUAUCUUGUAAACACCAGUUUGGGGAAGAUUGUGGGAAGUCUCACUAAAGAUAAAUGAUAGGUAUAACGGAUAAAGAAUAUUUUAACAUUAUUGGUAGUUUCUUUGUGGCCUCACUGAUGAUGGAAGAUACUGGACGUUGGGUUUUUCCAGAUAAGGAGAUACAAAAGAGAUGAAGUAAUGUUGGUAUUGGCUUUAGGUGGCCCAUCCUCAUUGCAUCUUGCAUUUAGAGGACUGAAAUUCCAUCUGACAGUAUUGUUCAGCUUAUAGCUGCCGCUAACUUUCCAUUCCCUCAUAUGCAAAACUCUGUGGCUUCAAUAUUUUAUGUAUUCCUGUAAUGCAGAACUUAGUCCAGUAGUGGUGUUUUCAUAUGUUCUUUGUAUCCCCUGAAGAAAAGAUGUGGCUCCCUGCCAUUGAUAGUGACUCUAAGAUCAAAUUGAUCCUGAUCUUUUUAUAGGAAAAAAAAAACACCUCACGUUUUUCCCUUCUAUACUUUUAGUGUAUGCUUAUUCAUUUGGUUGAUAUUUUCCUAUAAAAUCUGAUUUCUACAUAUAUGCUAUUUGUUCUUCCCAAUACUUUACAGAAGCUCUUCUAGGUAAUGUGUUAGCAAGAGUAGUCCAUAGAAAACUAACAGAUAUGCAUAGUUGUACUGCAAUUAUAAAGCUGUUAGAAAUCAUUUAAAAUACUGCUAGCUGGAGAUUCGUGCUUGCCUUCUCUUUCUGUAAACGAUUCUUACGAUUUUGCUUAAUUUCUCCUCAGAAAGCUAUACUAGGCUGGGUGGACUCAUUGGGUUGAUUAAGCCUGGAAGGCUGCAUCUUGAGUGGCAAAGCCUUCCUGAUAGAAAUGAGUUUGAAAAGAUAUACUUCAUUUCUCUUUUGUUGUUUUAACAAGUUGUUCGAGAAAUUGUGUCAAGGAAAUCCUAAAAUCUGUAUGGCGCCUAAGAGAUUGUGCACAUUGCCUCCUAAUCUUUUCUUCUCAGCCUUGUUUCUCUUAUAGUGUGGAGACAGAAUAUAGUACAACUCCCAUAUCCAUUAUAUUCCCGGACUUUACUUAGAUAUGUGAAACGUAAAUAAUAGCGAAUCCAAUUAUUUUCAAUGGAAUUAAUGACUUGAGUUACAGGGAAGAGGGUAUAACUUGUAGAAGGGGUUCUAAGUGAAUAAGUGAAACAAUGGAUAAAUGAAACCACAUAUAUUGGUUCUGCAGAUAUGGGAUUUGUACUGUACUGCAGAGUUUAAGUGAAAGGCACAAGUUUUUGAGUAUUCCCACGUUGAGGGAUGUCACUUUUUAGAAGGUAUUGCCCACUUCCAAUAGCUUUAUGAACUAUGAACUCAUCUCAAGACUAGAAGUGCAGGCUAGAGGUUAUGAAAAGUAUCCAAAUGCACGUUAGGGUAGAAAAAUACAUAUAGUAAGUCAGUUGGUGGUUGCAAGCACUGUCUGGAACAAUGUUGGCUGACCCAGGGUCCAAUAGAGCUUCUCAAAGACAGGGGCAUGAACCUGGAGGAAUGGGAUUGCCUUGCCUCCCAGUCUGGGCAACCUGGUUCACUGGUGCAGAGGUUGAUCUCAUGGUUCAUCGCCAAAAAAGUUGAGUGGUAAAAACUUACAGAAUACAAUUUUUCUAGAGAAUAGAUUAUCAUAGCCAUGGUAGGAAGACAAAACCAGUUGUUUCUAUCCAAUUCCCCUCUCUCAAUUCAAGUAGAAAUUCCUUGUUAAAGCAGGGUCUUUAUAUUAUUAUAGCUAGAACUUCAGUAACAACUAAUAUCCAACUAUAAGCCUAUAUUAAUCUAUAUCCCUUUCCAACCCAAAGCAUGUCAGGUAUCUGGUCUCUAUCCCUUCACUAAAGGUGGGUGGUCACAACUGCUGUGUUGGCCAACUGUUGACUGGUUUAAUUUGUUUGAAGUGUGAAUAUAUUUAUUCUGUUGGAUAGGAGCCUGAAUCUAACUUAUGUCAGGAUUUUGCCCCCAAAAGGUGACAUUCUCCUGGAAUAUACAGAGGCAAAGCACAGCCCACUUCCUUCAUACCAAUAGCCAAAGGGUCCAAGACAUUUUUUGAUGUUUUCUUUACAGGUACCACAGAUUUUUUAAAAACUCUUUAUGCCCUCUUUGCAGGUACUACAAAGGCAAUUUCAUAGUAAAUGAAGGCACUUGUGGAGAUCCUUUUCCAUAUGCAGGAAGGACUCACUAAUGUGGAUAUUGUUUUUAUAUCAUUGAAAUAAUAUUUUUGAGAAUGAGUUUACAUUUGCUUUUAUUUUUCUGUACAUAAAUACACUCUGUUUUACCAUUGCUGGAGUCACUUCUCUAUGGUAUGCAGACAAUAAUUUGCCUGAUGUUAUAAAGCUGUGAGAUAUUGUAGUCUUUUUCCUCCCCUUUCUUGUGUACAUGUUCAUGACUAUGACAACGACAUAUUGUUUUUUUUUAUAAGGUAGAAUAAUGUUGCUUUGGUGCAACAAAGCCUAAAGCCUUCUGAAUGGGUUUUUAUGUUUAUGAAAAUGAACAAACUAGUGAAGGAGUUCACAUAUGUAUAUGAUAUAUGUAUAUGUAAAAACAAACAAAAAUAGAAAAGAAAUAAACCAAAUGUAUUUCA